GCCGAGCAUUUCGGUCGGCGCUUCAGUCGUAUCGAGCCGGUCGUGGGGGGUGCGUCGCGCGCGCGUUCGUCUCGUUCUCGCGCAAGUGCGUGCAUACGUCGCGCGUAUGCGCCGGGUAUACAUAUAGAAACACACACACGUGCGUUUUGCACCGUGACACGAGCGAAAUCGUUGACCGUCCAUGUGCCGGGAGCACUGUCGGACGUACGUGAUCGGCUGGACGCGUCGCGAUCGCCGUCUCUGACCUCCCUCCUCGCCCCCUUUCUUUCUGUUCUUUAUCCUCCUCUCUUCCCUUUUUCCUCCUUCCGUUCCUCCGUCUCGCGAACGCACCAAAUGUUCGCGCCGCGUGCUCCGAGCGCCCGUAGCAUCGCCGCCGCUCGUUCCCGUCGCCGUCGUCGUGCCGUCUGACGGUGCGUCCGCUGUUCGGCGAACGAUCAUCGCGUUCCGAUACGGUGGAUGACUCUACCGCGAGCGGCUCGCAGAUCGAAUCUCUAGAGGAGCAGGAGGAAGAGAAAGAAGAAGGAGAAUAGCGCAAGAACGGACGAAGAGGGGAAGAAGCGGCAUUAUCGCGAGAGGGACGGUCCUCGCGAGCACGCACGCGAGUAUCUCCGAUCGUGCGCGGAUUUCUCGCGGUCUCUCCGCAGUUUUCUUCUCCCUCUCUCUCUGUCUGUCUCUCCGUCUUCCUUCACUCGCGCGUCGGAGCCAUUUUGCCGAAAUGAAAAUAACACCGCGAGCGAUCAUUCGCGCGUCCUCCGCGCCCUCGACGUUGCUCGCGAUCCUCGUGUGGUGCCACUGUGUGUGCUCGGCGGUGCACGCGAGAUCCUCGCUCCGCUCGACGUCGACGAGGUCCGCCGGCAACGACACCGACCUCGUCGCCGACUGCAACCUGGUCAGGCCGUUCUUCGAUAGCAAGAACAUCACCCUCGUGCCGGUCGCCGAAGAUGUCUCGAAGAUGACGUGCGGUGGCAAGUGCUGCAGCGAGGAGAUGGAGCAACGGUUGAAGCAACAAGCUCGGGCGGACUUCCACGAUAUGAUUCAUCAUCACAGCAGAAGUUUGCAGGGCCUACUCGCCACCACCGCUGACGCUGUCAGAGAGACAGUGACCGUGCAGGCACGACAAUCAGAGAAUAAAACCCUGACCCUAUUCGACCAGGUGUACCGCUCUAUGGCGGUGCUCAGCAGGCCGUCUAUCCGGGCGCUGUACCAAGCGAUGGUGGAUUACGUGUCGCCUGCCAAUACUCCGGACAAUUUGCAGCAGUCGUUAACGCGCGAGACUCUGCAAGAGCGGUUCAUCGACUUUUUUACACGGCUCUUUCCCAUCGCCUACCACCAUGCGAUCAAUCCAGAUCGGCAGGAUUUCACGGAGAAAUUCAAGUCCUGCUUGUACGAAACGAUGAAUGACAUACAACCGUUCGGUGACAUACCGCAGGAAAUAUCCAAGUCAGUCAGUAAAAGCCUCGAGGCCACCAGGGUUUUGAUACAGGCUCUCACCCUCGGCAAAACGGUUCUCGAUAAAACCGACAAUGUGCUUUUCGUUGGCAGCAGUGGACCGCAGCAGGAGGCUUGCUACGAAGCCCUCCUCAGAAUGACCUAUUGUCCGAGGUGUAAGGGGAUCGGUAGUACUGUGCGACCCUGUAGCGGAUUUUGCACAAACGUAAUGAGGGGCUGCCUGACGGUGCCAGCAUCCGAACUGGAUCUCGCAUGGUCCGGUUACGUGGAGACGGUCGAGAGGCUCGUCGUGGCGGUGGACGGUCAUACCGAUCCUCUGGGCCUGAAUGUCGAGAAAGCCGUCCGGCAGUUGGACGUCCGCAUUUCGGAUGCCAUUAUGCACGCGAUGGAAAACGGACCGGUACUCGAGGAGAAGGUGAGGAAGGUCUGUGGUCGUUCGGAGCUGCUGCCGUUGAACGAGGAGCACGCGGCGUCCUCGGAUGCAGCUGCAAAAUCGACUUCAUCGUCGCACGGCAACAGAGCAGUACACGCAGCUGCGAUGUCGUUGCCGGCUCACGGACACCGAACCCUGCCCGAGAAGUUGCACGUGCAGCUGGGCAACUUCCUGGCGAGUGUCGUCAGGUCCCGAAUCUUCUAUGGCACCCUAGCGGACACGAUCUGCGAGGAGUAUCCCGACAAACGUUGCUGGAACGGCGAACGCGUUGGAGAAUAUACAAAGACCGUGGUGGAUUCCAGCCUGACUGCACAGCGGUACAAUCCUGAAUUCACGAUAACGACGAUGCCGUCAACGCCGGCUACCUACGCCAGCAAUACGAACACCAGCGCGCUCAUCGACCAAUUGAGGCACAUUAAUCAGGUGGUACAAUCUCAAUUGGCAUCCUCACCCGAUGCCGGUGUCUUCCUGGGUGAUGAGGCGCUGGAGGGUUCCGGAAGCGGAGACAGUGCGGUGUGGAGGCCACGCGCCACCGAGAUCGACGACGACGAGGAUGGCCACGGUGGUGAUGGUGAUGACGACGACGAGGCGUCCGGAUCCGGAAUGGGUCCCACGACGACAGAUCCAGCGGUGAAAACCCAUCAGAACGGUCCAUCCCGCGCCGGAUCGUCGACGAUCCUACUGUCAUCCGCUGUCUUUAUUUUUACCUGCGCAUCGCUUGUCGUUUAAAUUGCGUCGUAGUCGGGACGAGGGGACGAUCUCGAUCGCAAAACCACGGCCAACGUAGACAACGUAGAUAAGGAAAGUAGACUAGAUCCUACCGCAAUCGAGCAAAUCGGGUAGAUCGCCAAUAGAUCGAACCAAUCUGUUUCGCGCGGGGUUUUUCCGUGUGAACGUCAGCGAGGUGCUCCAGCGCCCGCCGGAAUCGCGUUACGUAACGCGCCGUUGAUAAUUUAUCGGUGGCAUGUUGGGCAGCGAAGCGAACUGUUCCUGUUCGCGAUCCCGUUGAAGGGACGCGGCGGUUCUCAGUGAUAUAUCGAUGCAUGGAGAGAGCGAGAGUGAAAGAGAGAGAAAUUGUAAAUGUAUACGAAAGAGAGAGAAAGGGGCAGAGGAAGGAGAGGGAGAGUUUGUGUGUAUGUAUGUGUAUUAGUUACGACGUGAGUAUGUGAGUGGGUGUGUGUGUGUGUGCGGCAAAACAGAAAGAAAACGGAAAGAAGAAAUGGGUGAGUUCCACGUCUGAGACGUCGCACUUGUAAAACGCGACGAUAAAUCUCCGAUACUUCCGAGGUGAAGUUUUACUGCAGAGACGUUAGUUCCGUACAUAGAGAUCGAUAUCGUGGAACUGGAACGAGCCACGGCCUCCUCUGUAUCCGCAGAAUCCGAAAUUCAGGCGGUUCGAUAAUCUAGAUCGCAUUCUUUCUGAAAAUUGCAUCAUUUAGGAAAACGCCUGCCAAACAUUUUUUAGAUCGAUCGAAUUUGAUUGUACAGAUACAGAAUAUUGACGUAGACUUUAUUUAUCCUCUUUACUUGAACAAUGCGACGUUCUAGUCUCAGAAUAUCGAGACUGACUGAAAAUCGAUCGACGUUUAUUGCCACACGUUGAACCAAAGCCGAGAAGAACACGGAAUAUUCAGUAUUCUUCAAUACUUUUUAGCAAAUUCCCUUGAAGGUAAACUUAGAAUUCCGUCUCAUCGUACAGUCGCGUCAACAAGGUGUCAUAGCGAACGAAGUUAGUACUGAGAAGUAUUAUCAUUGCUCAAACACGAGAUUACGGAACACGAGAUACGAGAUUAAGGAAAUUAUUCUUCCGCGAAGCUACGGAUCACGCAACAAUGUCUCAUCAUCAUUAGUCGAAAGGACUAAUCGCACGUAGCAACGUGUCCACUUGGAAAUGCCAAGUAUAUGCUAUUAAUUUGACCGAUUGACCGUACGCAUUUGACAUGGAACACAUCGGUCUCACCGCAAACCCCAAGAAGAUUUUCUGUCAAACGGAGCAUUCGCGCUCUCUCUGUAUUAGCAUUACGUAAGAAUGCAGGAUAGUCGCAGCAGCCAUCGAUCGCCGGGUCCAGCGGGGACACGGUUUCCGAUCCGAAGGUCGACGAGUCCGUCGUCCGACUGCGUUUAUUUCGCGAGACGGGAAAAGUGUGUCGCGCGGACCUGAGAAAUGGUUUCAAAGAGCGUCGUCUCUUUGUUAAGUCGGGGCUGAACGUUCUGUUGGUCGCGAGUUAACGAACGAAAGUCGCUGGAAGAGCGCCCAGGAAAAGACUAAUUGCGCGGAGGAUUCGCGGAGAGAGCUUGCUUGCGCGCCGAUAACUCCGAUAGAUAACCGGUGACAAAACCCGUAUCCUCGCUUCUAUGUGGAGCGGCGUUAAACGCUGAACGUGACAGUUGACCUCUUAAAUACAGGCUGAACAACGGGGUCGGCUUGCAGCGGAAAAUUACGGCGCUUAAAUGCGCUACCCGAUUUACAUAUUUUUUUUUUGUAUUAAAUGUGAAAGUAAAACGCAUGCGUAGAAAAAGAUACGCAAUCAUUUCACAGGUACGUGAAACAUAAUGCAUCUUGGAUUUUUAAUUUCGUCGAUUGAACAUCUUUUAGAUGUUCUUUUCAUUUUUAUCUUUUCCGAGUUUUUCCCGAAUUUAAUCAUGUUUUGACAACGAGGUUCGAGUGCAAAAUUCGCGCAAUUAUCUUUAACGCUGAAUACCCGAUGAGGAUACAUGAACGAAAGUACUUUACCUUCGCUUCUUGCGGCUCGCGAGAAAUUAUACGAAUUAUUAUUAUUCUGGAGCCUGUUGGCCGCAAAUUGCACGGCGACCAAACAGUCAGAGAUAGUGUGCCUCGUAUUAUACUCGCGUGCCGUUCUCCAUUCGUGUAUAGCAGAAAAAAGUGUCUUUUUCGCCUGCGACGUCGCCGUGCGUCGUCUACGGCACACGUGGUUGUCGAUAUUAUACAGAUUAUUGCAAAAACGACGACGGGAGGCCAUAAUCAUAUCCAGUGUCGGUGAUACGCGCAUGCCAUAUAUACAUAUAUGUAUACACAUAGAAAGUUAACUGCCAAAAUGCCAGCUGUACGCGAUCAAGAGCUAAUUUAAUCGAGCGAUGAUUACUGUUCGUCGCGAGGAUCCUUGAAAUCCUCGAGUACUAGGUGUGCGAUGUGUCUUGUUCUCUUUGCGUGUGCGUGUACCUCUGUGAUUUAUCUUCCACUUUUCCUUCCUAGAAAAAGGGGCCUUCUUAAUGCAGCAACAAAUUUCAUGAACACGUCGAUCAGAAGGAGACGCGAUUCGCUCGGCCGCUGAAACGUCUUCGAGUUUUAGUAGAUCGUGAUCGUAAUUGCCGUGAUUUCUAAAAUGUACAAGUGCAUCAAUUUAGAUCAUAGUUAGUUUCAAAAUCGUCGACCGUGGAUUUUAUUCAACAUUCGUCUAAAAUAAUAUUUCAAUCGACAAAUAUUUUCGAGUUGUAAUGAAAUUUAAAAUUAAACUGCAAAGUUUGAUUUGUAGCAAUUUUUUCAUGACAUAAUGAUAGUGUUAGAUGUAUUCAUUGUGCAAACGUAUCGCGCCCAAUAGCAAUAGAUUGAAACAAUCUAUUACGCAUCGACAAUUGCGGCGUAGUACAUUUAGAUCUUGCGUACUAUGCACACUCGAGAAAAAGUCUCUAUUAAUAUAUCAAGUUAGAUCAAUGCAUUCACAGUGACGAUUUUGUAAUGAGUCAUAAAUUUUCGCAACCUCGCCUUAAUAACUGACUGCAAAAUAAUUAACGUGCCAAAUCUGCUUCCCGUUAAUUUAAACGCACAAAUUAAUCGUAAUUGAUAGAAAUGGCUCACUGGCGAAUAUUGCAAUCUCGAUAAUUUUAAUCACGAGAUCGUGCAUCUGGUAUCGAAUUUAUUAUUGAAACGCACUUUGUGCGUGGCUUUUCUACGAAGUGUUUUUAAUUUAAAUAUUACACCUCGCCGUGUUGCCGAUUUUGACACUUUGUAUAUUUUUCGUGAUUGAUUUAAGCUCGAGAUUAUCGCCAAUGAUCCACGGUCACGAUAACGGAAAGUAUCAGUGUUCAAUCUUUGAUGCUGUUUUUAACAUUCAGAGCGUUCCAUGACUAGCACAAAAUCUUUUAUGAAACAAUGCUUCAAUUGUUCUCCAUCGGCAAUAUAUAUAUAUAAUAUUAACCGAUCGAAUUGUAUGCCACUAUUAAAAUUAGAAAUAUUAUAUUGAAGCUUUUACACAACACUUGCAUAUUUGAUUCGGCGAAGGGAAGAGUCAAAUAUAAACUUUCACUGAGUGUUGAAACACGCAGUUAGAACAGAGGAACUUUUGGAAAAUCUGACGUUCUCGUGGCGAAGCGUGCAUGUGACAUUCAAAUCCGAUAUGAUUUGCUUUUGUCAGUCGGGAUAAUUAAGAUUCUCAAAUAAUCGCGACUGCGUGAUGUUCUUUUAAAAUUUAGAAUUUUAUUAUUUAUAACAUUGCUAACAAGCGGACUUUGAAUUAUUAAAGAUUCUAGUAACAUUCUCGUGUAUGUGAUAGAAUCGCGUGUUCUGAUGAGAAAAGUAAGAUAAUUAUUUCGCAGUAAUGACUGACAAUUAAUUCCUAGCGGAGAAUUAAAUUAAUUAAAGCUAAUGAAUAGAUUUUCCCUUAAAGUUGGACAAUGUUGCGUUUAUCUUGCGCCUCAAUUGUCCUGACUGACUCCACUGACGUUGGUUACUGUAAGGAAGUAGAAUGGUAGUUAGUGACGAAAAUGAGACAACGGAACCGUUGGUUUCUCUACGUGGUGGCCGCACAGUUCGCGACGCUUCGGCGAUGCCGUAUUCGUUUUGUACAUUUGAGUUUCGAGUAUCUUUGAGGAGGGGUGAGUGCCUUUUCUGAAUAUCCCUGGCCGCAGCGUCGCGUCGUCGCUCUUCGGAUGCGAAUUCGGGAGAGUUGCAGCGGCCAUCCGCGAAGAAGGGUGCGGAACACGGGCACUUUCUCGCUAUACGUACGUCAUCUGUAUGAAUGUGUGUAUGUGUAUGUGAAAGAGAGGUGAAAAUGGAGAGAAAAAGUUAAAGUAUAGCCUUCUGCUUUUUCUUUUGUAAUUUCCUCCGCCGUAUAUUCGCCUCUAAUGUUUCCACGCAAGCUCUCCGAAGAUAUCUAACAAUCUUGUAAACGUUUAUCCUACACCGUUAGGAUAACACGCCGGACGAAAGCGGGCGAAGAAGCGGGCCAUUCUCAAGAAAUCUGGUUGGUGUUGAGACUAAAAAUUCGUCGCAGAUACCCUCAGAUAAUUCUGGACGUAACGUUGACAAUUCUGGGAUGAUACGAUCGCACAUCCAAUUCAGCUAACGAUAAACGCACAAAUCUUACAAAUCGAUAGUUAUUAAAUGCUUAAUAUGUAUAUAUAUUUAUUUCAUAUAGUUAUUUCACAAGUUGAAGUAUUGCCUAUACUAAUCUUCCUCUUCGAGAUUCGAUAAAACGUUACGUCAAAGCAAGAGUUUAAUAAUUGUUUUUAGACAAUCUUUAAGCAAAGCCUUCCAUUUACAACCAUAAUUAAAAACGGUUUAAUAGUAAUUAUCAUGUUCAGCAGCGAUUACAAGUUUUAUAAUAUCCCUCGGUGGUGUUACAUAUAGUAACGCAUUGUUAACGAAUUAUUCUUAAUUACAGAAACCCGACAUUCGAAUCCGUUUUUUCAAUCGCAGCGUCCAAUUGAAUCAAUUAGAUCCAUUGAACAACGGUCCGCGACAGAUCCGAUUCACUUUCGUAAUCGGACACGCUAUUGUCGCGAGGUCCUUCUUUUCAGAACGCUAAUAAGAUCGAAAUCCGGUGAGAGAGCGAGCGAGCGGCCAGUGCUGCGGCAAUGCCCGGUGAUCUCGCCAAAGAGCCUAAUUCAGCGUGGGCCAGGCGCGCAAUUGUUCGAAUUUACCGUCGUAAUUCUUCAAUCUCGCAGCGGCCUUUGUCGGGCGAAUUUAGGCGGCACAUUCAGGCGGGCCGAAUGUGCUCGCGUAGGUCGCGCGUUUUCGAGGCACGCGUACUUUCGUCCUCGUCCGCCGACCGUCCGCGACGACGGUCCUCCUCGAUUUCGUCGGUCGCCCCUGAUCUGUCGGACCUUCGCGUGAUGUUGAUCUCGACGCGCAGGUAUCGGUCUGUCGCAGCGAGCAACACACGUCGCACUUUGUGCUAUUGGAAUUCUGAAACCAGCCGCGAUUAACGUUAUCGAUUGUGUAAUAAUUUUAUGUUACGGCGGUUUUAUUAUUACUGAUACCGCGCGUUGGAAAUGGCAAACCACAUGCAUGAUUAUUACCGACUUAAUUGCAAUCAAAUUUCUUUUCUCCAUGAAUAGAGGCACUGCCAUUGCAAAUUCAUCAAGCUUCCCUCGAGAAUUCCUCAACGACUGAUAUAGCGCACCGCUUCUUAAGCUGUUAAUCCAAAUUUAUAAGACUGAAAGCGUGUCGUCGGGGAAGUGACUUUGAUUUAAUGUAACAGCCCGCUCCUUCGCCAGCAGAAUUCACCAAAAAAACAAGCGUGUUUCGAGAACAAGAGCUACAACAAAUAGUAAAGCGAAAAUGAGAAUGUGAGAGAGUGAGAAUAAAAGAGAGAAAGAGAGAGAGAAGGUAAUUGUAGUGAAAUCUGUACAUACAUAACGAAUGCCUGCGGUAUUUAUAUAGUUAUAUAUACGUUAAAUAUAUCGACCUAAAAUGAAAGUAGCAGCUAAUAAAGCAACUAAAGUAAUUAUCGACGAAUUAACCGUUAAUUAUAAAAUUAUAGCGAGACUAAUUAUUGUAAUAUGCGUAAAGAAAAUGUGUACGAAAGUGCAAGGGCGGGAAACGCUCGAGUGAUCAAUGAAAACCCGAAUUCUUCGUCAAGAGCGAUCGCACCUCUCGUCAUUUAUUGCCAUAUGCCUCGUAGCGCAGCAAUUUUCUUAUCAUGAUUUCUUCGAUUUUAUUUUGAAUUUUUGAGAAACGCACGAAGAUACACAUGACUACGAUCGUUUAAUUGCAUCGCUUUGUAAUUAUAUCUAUGCAAUUAGAAACAACAAGGGAGGGUGUGUGUGUGUAUGUGUGUACGUGCGUGGUGUGUAGGAGAUGAAAGAGAGAGAGGGAGAGGGAAAAUGUUUCGACUAUGCUGUAUAACAAUUGUUAGCUUAGCAUGAUGCAUAUUUUACCGUAUACACACUAACAGGAUCCGCUAUUUCCUACGGAACUAUUGCGUUAUUAUGCAACCUAGCUAUUUAAUGCGUCUUGCAAUAUUUAUUGUUGCGUCUUGCGUUUACUAUGUGAUAUAGGGCUACUUAUAUUAUUAUCUCGUUAUUAUUAUUAUCGCAUUCUUGUUUAAUUAUAAGUAAUUAAUCGCGCGUGAAUCGACGCAAUUUUCCCCGAAUGUUCGCCAAACGAGAAAUGAGCAAAAAAUCUGGCAAUAAUAACAAAACCUUGGUUAUUCGCGUUUGCCAACGAUCGAUAAUUGCAAUUUGUUUAGUUAAUUACGAUCAGAGGAUCGCCUGAUUAUAAACUCGUAGCGCUUGACGAUGUUAAUUAUGCAUGUAAUCGUGUCGCAAUUGUAAUUAAUUGAUUUUUCAAUGAUGACUCUAUCAUGUAAGUUUAAUAGAAAUUAACUUUGUUAGAAUUUUGAUUCUAAAUUCUGUGAUUCAGUUUUAAUUAAAAUUAUUGUUGUGAUCGGCGCUGCUCGGAAAGUUUUCCAGCUAUCACAAUCAUUGACGGCGUUAUGGAUUUCUUUCACUUCAUCUGCCUUUACUUCUCUAAUAAUGCGCAAGAUUAACAACAGCUUAGCUUCUUCUCGUUUUCUUCUUUCGAUUUUUAUUUAUUUUAAGAUAUAAUAUCGAUUUUUUAUUGUCACUGGAGUUAUCUCCCAGUAUUCUAACAAAAUCAGAAGCUAAAAUUGAUAAUUAUAAAAAAUUAAUGAAAUAAAUAAAAUGCAAGUGUUACAAUUAAUUCCAAAGAAGCCAGUUCCAAUUCCGACAGACGACAAAGAUGUACUGGUGUAGUGUAUGACGAUUACGUUUGAUCGGUCUCUGAUUAAAGUGGACAAAAAAAGAAUCGCUUUAUUAGUGAGUGUGUUAAGUGAGAAGGAGGAUGUAACGGAGACGAUGAAUGCGAUGAUCUAUCAAGCAAUCUAUAUAUGUAUAUACAUGUGCUACGUGUACAUACGUGUAUACGCAUCCUUAUAUACAUACAUACGCGCCUGCUUGCGCGUGUUAUUGUGUUAUACGAGAGAUUAAGCAAAUUAUUAAUAAUUAUUAUCGCGGUUGAUUACAUCGCAACGGCGCGUUUGCCGAUCGGAAACGAUCUGUAAAAACUGUUUACGAGUGAAUGGCGAAUAAAAUAUUAUACAACAACUA